GAGCCCGUGCCGCUGCUCCCGGGGCUCUGCUCGGGGUGGCCUUGGGCACUCUGGACCCUCUACCAGCCCGCCUGGCACAGCUCGCGGCCGGAACGGGAGGUUUGGCUCUCGGCGUCCUGACGAAGCCGCGCUAGGAGAGCACGCUGCCGCCUCAGAAAGUUGGAGGAGGAGGAACAGGAGGAGGAGGAGGAGGAGAAGGAGAAGGUCUGCUCAGCGAUGUAGCCCAAAGCGUGGGACGGCAGCUCGUGGAAGGCAGAUCAGCUCCUCACCGGCCAGAUCCCGGAGCAUGGGCUAAAAGCUAUGUCCCUCUCCCGUGUGGAAAAUCACUGUUUUCUGCUGUUUGUGUGUGUCUUCCAAGCGAUAUUUAUCCUCAUCCUCUACCGAGGUGGACCUUCGAAUGUGUUUCGCGGGUUUUCGGACUCGCCUCAGGCUGUGGAUUACUCGAAGCCGCACGAUGUGUACACAAACCUCAGCUUGUUCACCCGGGCUCCCCGUGAGGAGGCGAUGCCGUACUGCUCCGCUCGGUCACCGGUCCUUGUUGGUCCAUUAGCCAUCACCUUCAGGAUGCUCCCUAGUGAAAGGAUGAUCAUCAAAAAGAAUCCUUUCGUUCAGUCUGGUGGCCACUACAGGCCACCUCACUGCUUCGCCCGCUACAAAUCUGCCAUCCUUGUGGCCUACAGGAACCAGGAGAAGUACCUCCACCAUCUUCUCUACUACAUUCAUCCUUUCUUGCAGCGCCAGCAGCUCAGUUACACUAUCUACUUGAUUCAGCAGGUGGGGACCGGUUCAUUUAACCGAGCAAAGUUACUUAAUGUUGGUGUCCGGGAAGCCAUGAAGGAUGAAGACUGGGACUGCCUUGUGCUGCAUGAUGUUGACCUAGUACCUGAGAAUGACUAUAACCUCUACAUUUGCGAUGAAUACUAUCCCAAGCAUAUGGCAAGUGCCAUGGAUAAGUUUCAGUAUAUUCUACCUUACAAGACCUUUUUUGGGGGCGUAUCUGCUCUGACUCCAGAUCAUUACAUGAAGAUGAAUGGGUUUCCAAACACAUACUGGGGUGAUGGUGGUGAAAAUGACGACAUUGCUACAAGGAUUCAGUUAGCAGGAAUGAAAAUAGUCCGGACACCACCUCACCUUGGACGCUACAAAGUGAUGAACUACGAGGAAGACACAGAGAUGCAAGAGCCUUGGAGAAGGCCUACUUCUCAACACAACACCAGGAAAACAUGGAAAGCUGAUGGAAUGAAUUCAUUACAAUUCAAGCUCCUUUCCAGGACAAAGCAUCCUCUUUAUACCAAGAUCACUGUGGACAUUGGAUAUGUUCGCCCAUUUUCUUAAGAGACUGAAAACAAAAGCAGAGGUUGGGUGCAGCCUGGGCAUUCAGCUGCUACCUCCCAUUGUCCUGUGCAGUCUGCACCACCUGAGACUAAUCCUUUUGCCUUUCAUGCAUUUCACUUUUCUUCAAACUGUUUAAGAUUUAGAAGGACAGGCUUCAGGAAUAGGAUAUGACAGCUAAUAAGCAGGCUGUGGCUUACUGUAAAAAUUGUCCACGUCACUGUAAAACUAACUACUGAGCCAAGUCUCCUUGACAGUAAGCUGAUCCAAGGUUUCUGGAACCUUUGUUCCAUAACUGGAUAGCUCUGUCCUGUUUUGUACUUAAGUGUUAAUUAGGAUGCAAGCCAUUCUGUCAGAAUGGCCUCUGAAGUGUUAUAUUUUGCAAAAGCGUUGAAGCCAGUCACAGUUCUGUAAAUAUCCUUUGUGAAUUUGCGUAAAAUAAAUUGAGUUCGGUGUUAGGCUUAAGAGUUUUAUAAAAUAUUAAGCAAGAGUGUAAUAAAAGAGAAAGUUGCCCUGAAACCAAA